UCACCCGGGACGCCCGGGGCUUAUAGGUCACCCGGAAGGCGCGCUGGGCCUUCGGCUACGCGCUGAGCAGGCCUCACCAGGGCCCUAGCCCCACGCGCCCCUCGCCGCGGCUCCAGGCGUCAGACCCGCGCACCGUACCCCCACCCCGCACUCGCCGAGCCUCCCCUUCUCGGCCGCUGCGGUGCGGCCUUCGUCGACACCCGUAGUUACCAACUGGCUAUGGCCGUCCGGCUCCUGCGCGUCGCCUCCGCAGCCCUGGGCGACACGGCAGUUCGGUGGCUGCCCCUCGUCGGACCCCGCGCGGGAAACCGGGGGCCGGGCGGGAGCAUCUGGCUGGGUCUGGGUGGCCGUGCGGCCGCAGCGCGGACGCUGAGCUUGUCGGCGCGCGCGUGGAGCAGCUCAGAAGACAAAAUAACAGUCCACUUUAUAAACCGUGAUGGUAAGACGUUAACAACCCAAGGAAAAGUUGGCGACUCUCUACUAGAUGUUGUGAUUGAAAAUAAUCUAGAUAUUGAUGGUUUUGGUGCAUGUGAGGGGACCUUGGCUUGCUCUACCUGUCAUCUUAUCUUUGAAGACCACAUAUUUGAGAAAUUAGAAGCAAUCACCGAUGAAGAGAAUGACAUGCUGGAUCUGGCAUAUGGACUAACAGAUAGAUCACGGCUGGGCUGCCAAAUCUGUUUGACAAAGGCUAUGGACAAUAUGACUGUUCGAGUGCCUGAGGCUGUGGCCGAUGCCAGAGAGUCCAUUGAUUUGGGCAAGAACUCCUCUAAACUAGAAUAAAUAGGAAUAUUUUCACAAAAUGUUACCUAUUUUUAUAAUUAUUAUUUCUUUAUGUAAUUAAAUGAAAACAUGGAUGAAUACAUUUAUUAUUAUGACUAGAUUUACUGCUUUAAUUCGCCUUGUAUAGCUACUGAAUUUUUAGUUUUGAAAAUAUACAAUCUUUAUUUUGAUUAAAUUGUAAAACAAAUCAAAUAUCAGAAAAUAGUUAAUAUGAUAAAACCUUACCUAUUUUACCUAUGUGUGAUUAGUAAUGUUAGCAAAAUGUUUUCACAUAAAUCUUAUGCCUAGUUACCUAUAAAAUAGGUUUUAAAAAAGGUACCAAUGUCUCUGUUAGAUGUGGGUGGAGGCAGAGAGGUCAAAUGGCUCUUUCCUGGGGCCUCUCACAAAUUAGAAGGUCUGUGCUAGAACCGUCCCUUCCUACAGGUUAUCUGUUCACACUGAAACUGGAGAAAUUAGGAAUAUUUUAUGUAUAGAAGUAGUUAAACCUGAAGAUGUAUGGAUAAAACGAAUGGCUCAGUAAACUCAUUUUGAAGACAGUUAUGAUCUAAUAAACAAGUAUUUUAGAAUUUUGAAUCAGUAAAAAGCACAAGUCUGAGCACGGUAAUAGAGCACUGUCAGAGAAGUUUGGUCUCAGUUCUCUUUGAACUGGGGGAAUAAACCAAAAAUUAGAUGCCCUUUUUUUUUUUUUUUUACUCCUAAUCAGAGUGGUCUGUCUUUGUCAUUUUGAAAAAAUAAUGCUGAUUUAUAAACCUCUGCCUGUAACAGAAUGGACGUCUCAUGGAUCAGGUUUUCUCUGUCCUGAGCUGCAGAAGGAACCAAAGGGCUGUGGCACUGCACAGCCUGGGGUGCUGGCUCCUCAGACCCACAGUGUGCAGUGAGCCCGGAGGCCACGGUCCCAGAGAGGGGAGGGUGCAGGCACCUCAGGUGGCCGUCUCUGCAUGGCAGCCCUUGUACUUGAUCUUCUCUGUGAAUAAACUCGUACAUGAUAAUG